UUGCCACCACAGCGCCUUGCUGGACCUGCAGGCAUCCCGUACAAGCACGGGCUCUCAUCGAGACUGGUACACUGGUUGACCAUGUCUGAGUACGGCAUUAUCCCCGUCGGGUCGUUCGACUCCUCUGGCGCCGAAAAGCAUACGAUUCUCGUCACUGGCUGGGUCCUGGAUGCCCGCCUCGAUCCAUCAAAACUCGAAGCAGCUUGGAGAGACCUCAGCAUUGCUUGGCCGAUUCUUUCUGCGCGUAUCAGGAAGGACAGCAAGGACAAUUGGUUUUUUCACAUCCCAACCUCUGAAACGCCGGACUACGACUUUCGCGUCGUCCAUAAGUCAGAACCCAUCCGCACGUCCUACACCUACUCCCAGCCUGCGCCACAUAUCCGACUUGUCGUCAAGGAGAACCCCGAUGACCUGUACUCGUCGCCAGACCCUUGGCGGCGGAAGCUCCCGGAGCUCAUGAAGGUCGAUAAGCCGAUUUCGCAACUCUCCUUAACGCUCUAUCCGGACGCGUCGGUUCUCGGACUGAGCGUCCCGCACGUUCUUUGCGACGGGAUGGGCGUUGCGGAGAUCAUGCGCGCCCUCACAACGGUCCUACGCGGGGAACCGGCACCGCCGAUUGCUCCGCCCGACUGCGACCCGUUCGCUAAGUACAGGCCGGAGGAGGACCCAAAGCAGGAUCAAGGGAUCGCAAAAGCAAAGCAGGGUAACGUCGGCGUCAUCCCGGAUGGCUGGCGUGUCUUCAGUGCCCUCCAAAUGGCGGUGUUCGUGUUCUGUACGGUCUGGGAUAUGAUCAGCCGGCGCGAAGACGAGAACCGCGAAAUGUACAUCCCGCCACAGGAGGUUCAGCGAUUGAAGACGGAGGCGAUGGAGGAUAUCAAGCGAGAGGGAGUCGAGGGAGAAUACAUCAGCACCAGUGACGCCGUACUGGCUUUCAUGCUCAAGUGCAUAUAUACUCCACGCUUUGCGUCUUCGAAGCACUCGCACUCGCUGUUUUACUCCGCGAACAUGCGCAAUCACCUUCAGGCCGCAUUCCCGGAGGAUGGUGCCUACAUCCGCAACGCCGCCCGUGGCGCGCUCUUCACAAUGCCCGUCGCAAGCAUACCUACCGAGAGCCUCGGGGCGCUGGCCCUGAAGUUCCGUCGGGGUUUGCUCGCGCAGACGACGCCUGCCUACACCGAAUCUUUCCUCCGGUUUCGCAUGCGGGCACAUGCCGAAGGCACGACGCCCGUCUUCUUCGCGGAUCCGCGAUCGUACUGGAACGUGGUCACGAACUGGCGCACCCAGCGCCUCAUGUUCGUCGACCUGUCCCCGGCUGCCGAGAACGCUGGUGCCAAGGUGUCGGUGUUGUACGUGUGGGGCACAGGAUACCAGCCGUUCCCGAUGCGCAACGACCCGGCCGGGGGGCUGUGGGUGGGCGGCUUCUUCCCCCGCGCGGUGUGGGAGGAUAGGGAAGGGUUCGGGAAGUACCUUGAGAAGUAAAAGCACAGGCCGGGUACUCGGUUGUUCUUAGAAUAUGAUCCUGGUAUUCGCGAAGUUUCAUUACGAUCUUGAGUGUGCUGUGUAUGGCAGCGGUGGAUUUCAC